AUGAUUUCAGUUUAACCUGAAGGUUCAAAACCGUAGAAAUUUUAAGGAGGUAGAAUUCACUUAAAACCUAUCGACAGCAUAGGAAGAGACUUUGAUUUAGGAACUAUUGAAACAAAAGGUAGAAGGCAUUUUUCUUUUGACCCUACACCUGUUAUGCAAUACAAACCUCAAUUAAGAGUUGGGUUCCCAAAAAAUGUCACAAAUCCUGAAAUAUUAUUUACACAUAAAAGUUAAGGAGGACCUGAUAAAUUAACUUAUAUGCCUCCAAUAAAAAAACAUAAAGAUUUUACAUCUACAAUAAGAAAAAUAGGGAUUAACAAAGAAGUAAAUAUAUUAAUAGAUUUUAGUAUGAAGAACAAUAAACAGAAAAUCGAAGAAUGAUUGAGGAGUUGGAUGUUUGGGAGAAAAAGUUUAGAAAACAAUGA